CUGCGACCCAGGAAAGUGCUUCGCUUUCACCUCUGCCGUGUGAGCCUGUGAACAGAAACUUUGUACAGCGUUUAACCACCCAGCCAAGGCUCGCCGGGGAUGAUGGCCAACUGCACAGAACCCGAGGCUGACGAGGACCAAUUUGAAGAUGCCUACGAAAACAUCCCAGUGGCAUCCCAGAUGGACUUGAAGAGUGCCCUGGAAGAAUGCAAUAUUGCACUGAGUUUAUUCUUAAAUAACAAAUUCUCUGAAGCUUUGGAUUUGCUGCGGCCAUGGUCAAAAGACAGCAUGUACCAUGCUCUGGGUUACAGCACUAUGCAUGCAAUGCAGGCAGCCAUGACCUUUGAGCAACAAGAUAUCCUUGCAGCCAUUGGAACAAUGAAGGACGCCUUACAAACUUGCCAGAGAUCAAGGUUUCGAAAGAAGAAUUCUGUUGUGGAGUCAUUGUCGCAUUUAGUUUCAAAACAAGGGUCUGAUCAACUGACAGAAGAGGAGAUGCAUGCGGAGAUGUGCUACGCAGAAUGCCUGCUUCAGAAGGCAGCUUUGACAUUAGUCCAGGAUGAAAAUAUGAUUAAUUUUAUUAAAGGAGGAAUCAAAAUACGAACAAGUUACAACAUCUAUAGAGAAUGUCAACAAAUCGUACAGAUGACACAGGACCGGGUCAAAACUGAAGUCUACUGCCAAUUUGAAGGAGGAGUCAAGCUAGGAAUUGGAGCUUUUAAUCUGAUGCUGUCUCUGCUACCUUUGAGAAUUCUUCGUCUUCUUGAAUUUAUUGGAUUUUCGGGAAAUCGGGAUCUGGGGUUAUCCAUGCUGCGAGAAGGUGCCACCACUCAUAGCUUGAGAGCUGUACUGUGUGCCUUGACUCUACUGAUGUAUCAGACUUACAUCACUGUUGUCCUCGGUGCGGGUGAAGGCAACCUCCAGGAAGCUGAAACACUUCUUCAACCUUACCUCGAGAAAUAUCCUACUGGCUCCAUUAUAUUGUUUUAUUCAGCAAGAAUAAAAGUACUCAGGGGAAACUUUGAAAUUGCUCAGACAAAGUUCGAGGAAUGUAUUGCAGCUCAGGAAGAGUGGAGACAGAUUCAUCAUCUAUGUUACUGGGAGCUAAUGUGGAGUUACUGCUUUCAGCAACAGUGGCUGAAGGCAUAUCACUUUGCAGACCUCCUGUGUAAGGAAAGCCGGUGGUCCCAGGCAAUCUACAUGUUUCAGAAAGCUGCAAUUCUCAGCAUGCUCCCUGAACAAGACAUUCAAAACACAGGCGAGAAAGUGGAAGAGCUGUUCAGAAAAGUUGAAGGUCUGAAGCAGCGAAUUGCUGGAAAAUCUAUACCCACAGAGAAGUUUGCAGUGAGAAAAGCCAGGCGCUAUAUGUCACCAAACCCUGUUAAACUGGCUGUGCCUUUGCUGGAAAUGAUGUACGUGUGGAAUGGAUUUGCAAUACUGGGUAAACGAGCAGACUUGACUGAGAACAUGCUGGUUACAAUAGAAAAGGAAGAAAUAGAGUUACAAAAUCACCCCAAGCCUGUUGAAUAUCAAGCAGAUGAUGAGAGUCUGGUACAGCUCCUGAAAGGGCUAUGUCUCAAGCAUUUGGGCCGCCUCUUACAAGCUGAGCUCUGCUUUAAUCAGGUGAUUCAAAGUGAGAAGAGGAUAAGAUAUGACCAUUAUUUGGUGCCAUUUACUCUUUAUGAAAUGGGAUUGUUAUACAAACAGCAAGGACACAACGAUAAAGCCAGAAUGUACUUUGAAACUGCAAAGAAUAACUACAAAGACUAUUCAAUGGAAUCUAGGUUACAUUUUAGGAUCCAUGCUGCACUGAACAGCUUGAAGAAUUCCCCUACCUCAACACCUUGACCAGUUCCUCAGAAUCAAAUUCCUGAAGUACGUUGCAAUAAAUAAAUAUGUGUACGGGUAGGAGUGAUAUGCAAAUCACAUACUAGAGCAAAUUAAUGCUGACAUAAUCUGCUGUCUUAGAAGUAUUCUGAAUGUAGUAAUACGUCCCCCUUUUCCCAUUUUACAAAUUAGCCAGGGUUUUUUCUACAGUGCUGUAAAAUGUGUUCAACUCUAUAUAUCCUUGCAUAAAAAUAAAAGUCAGAGUUUUGUUCUUUA